AUGUUGUCUCCAGUAUGGACAGCGUGUCUGGUGAUCAUUCAACAAAUCACCCAUCUCUCAUGCCGGAGUGUGCGCGUCGAAGAUACUCAGGAACUGUCUGCAGGGCGAGUUGCGCAACUACUACUGCCACUCCUCGGGUCAGACGUUGAAAAGGAUGACAUUCUAAAAGUGAUCCCUUAUAAGAACGCGUACAAACGAAACGGAAACAUCAAACAAGACAACAAAUUACUAACUAUAUCACAACCCAAAUUUAAAGAUCCCUCUAUCGCCAUCAUCGUAUCCUCACCAAAGCAAAGAGGUGAUAAAAAAGAUGACCAAAACAGCCCUAAACAAUUAAGGCUUCGCUCAGAAGGAGAUAACAAAAAAGCAGUUCAAGAAUCGAUAGUAAACGGUCAAGAGUUUAAAAGUCUGCCAAAUUACGUUCAAAAACUCAAAUCUCAAAGCGAGGAAAGUCAACACACUGUCACUGGAAAAUGGGCCGAUUUCAAUGCUGAACGACAUAAGCAAAUAAAAUCUCAAAUCAAAAAUGCAACAGAAGAAGGUAAACAUGCACAAGAGAAUACUAUAUCGUCGCGGUCUAUUCAAAAUUCAAAAGUAGAGCAGCAUUCAGUCAGAAGUCACACAUCUGUCAAAAAAACUGUAGAUAAAAUAUCGCAUAAAAUAAAUUGGGAUGAUAAAAGGUUAGACCACGGAUUAAAUGUUAAAGAGUCAUCGAUGCAUAAAGAUAAAAAACAAGAUAAUGAACCUAAAGGAGUGACAACCAGAAAACCUACAGAAGUUUCUUUUCAUAAACACAGACAUACAGAUCAUAGCAAUCAUAUUUCUAAAGUAGGUGUGAAACCUAACAGUGGCAAAAAACAACAAAAUCCAAAAGAAGACAAAUCAUCUAGAGUUGGUCACAAGCAGUCCAAAGUUCGCAUACCAGAAAGUCUACAUGCAAAAGCAGUGCCACAAGCGAAUAAACAUAAAAACGUGACAAUUAUUCAACCAUUAAAAGAAAAUAUACAAAAAAAAGUAACACGUAAUGAUUCAAAGCUUUCAAAGGAUGUAACAUCGAAAGUUGUUAAAGAUUUAAAGUUGGGGAAAGUUGAGUCAAAAGAAGAAACAUCUGAAGAGAAAAUUUCAGAGGAAGAAACUUCAGAGAAAGAAACUUCGGAGGAAGGAACUUUGGAGGAAGGAACUUCGGAGGAAGGAACUUCGGAGGAAGGAACUUCGGAGGAAGGAACUUCGGAGAAAGGAACUUCGGAGGGAGGAACUUCGGAGAAAGGAACUUCGGAGGAAGUAAGCUCAGAGGAAUCGUCAUCAGAAAAUGAUACGUCUGACGAAUCUAAAUCAGAGGACGACACUUCGGAGGAGUCAACGUCGGAUCACUCAUCAUCCGAAGAAUUAAGUCCAGAAGACGAAUCGUCGGAAGAAUUGCAGUCGGGAGAUUUGGAGUUGAUGGAAGGUCUAUCUUUAGAGGAGCGUACAUCACAGAAACAAACAUCAAAGGAAGUAGCAUCAGAAAAUCAAUCAUCAGAAGAAUUCCCGUCACAGGAAGAAACAUCAGAGAAAGUUACACCAAAAGACCCUUCAUCGGAGGAUUUAUCGUUAGAUUAUCUCUCAUCAGAAGAUCCAACAUCAGAAAACAUAACACCGGAGGUAGAAUCAUCAGAGAGAUCUUCAGAAAAUGUAGCAUCGAUAGAACUGUCAUCGGCUGAAGUUGCAUCUGAGGAUGUAUCAUCGAAAAACAAUAAGCAGGUCAUGUCAGAUAAUCUUACGCCAGAAGAUUUGAUGACUGAGGAAAUAGCGUCAGAUAAGUUGACAUCGGACAAAGAUCAGACUUCCGAGGAGUCAUUAUCGACGAAUAUAACAUCUGAUAACGCAAAUUCAGACGAAAUUAUGGAUCCAACAUCGGAGAAGUUGUCAGCAGAGGAUGUAACCACAAACAAUUCAUUGGAGGAUGACCGUAGUAGGCUAAAGUUGUCAGAAGAAACGACAACAGAAAAUUUUACAAAGAAUAUAUCUACGUCAAAUAGCGCUUCAGAGGAAUCAGUAACGGAAAAAGUUUCGCCAGAGAACCGAAAUUGGGUAAACGUUACGGCGAAUGAUGUUGGGCCGAAUAAUGAACUCUCAGACAAUCUUUUUUCUCACGAUGAGUUUUCCGAGAACGUAUCGUCAGACGAACUUUCACUGGAGAACUUAAGUUCUGAAAAUAAAACACCAGAUGACGUAUCAGUAGAAAAUGAUACACCGACAGACGUAGAAGAGGAUAAAACCUUAAACGUGCCGCUAGAGAACCCAAUAAAUGAGGAUGAAAAACCAGAAGCUAUAGCCUCUGAAUAUUUGUCGGUUGAAAAUGUCACAGAGAAAGAUGAAACGACCGAGGAUUCUAUUUCUAUAGCUUCUAUCAUUACGGAAGUAGCAUCUGAAGAGACAAACAUGACGUCUUGGGCUGCAAGUUCUGAAGAUACGUCAUCACAGGAAGAAAGUCCUGAAGAUUUAACAUCUAAGAGUGAAAGUGAAAAUUCUCAAUAUCAGCCCGGAUAUGAUGAUAUUAUUUCACAAGAAAAAUCCUUUAGUGAUGAGACUUUAGAUGAUAUUUUUUCACAAGAAGCAUCCACUAAUAGUGAAAAUUCUCUAGAUGUGAAAACGGAUAUAUCCAAAGAAAAUCUUAGUUCCGUAUUCGUUUAUAAUAACACAGAAGUGAAUGACGUAACAUCGAGAGAAGUAAGCAGUAAGAAUGUUACUGUUGAAAAUGGAAUCUUUUCUUCCCAUCCUAAAGAUCCGAAACAUAAGAAAGAACAUAAAAAGAAACCGGAUCGAAAUAGAAAUAAACCGGAUAAUAAAUCUCAUAAGUCGGCGGACAAGAAAUGCCAUAACAACAGUACUGACGAUCUCAAAAAACUCGAGCAGUUGUCUCGUUUUGUAGGUGUUUUGAAGCAUUACAUCAAAGACAGGGUGCAGAUUGAAACUGAAAAAGCAAAGGGCUCAACCUUUAACCUCUCGUUCUUGUUUCACAAGAGAUAA